AUGACCCUGCUGUUUCCGACAGCAGGAAACUCGCCGGAGCUGCGAUGCCACUCAUCACGAUGGGAGGUGCUGCGGCGCACACACGGCACUUUGUUUGCCAACCUAAAUGUGUUGGUGGCAGGUGACGGCAGCCUUGACAGUGUGACAGCGUGGCUCACUCUUGGCGUAGACGGCAUUGAGAGGGAGGAGCUCAUGCGGCGAAGCAUAGGUGUCAUGGAACGUAUCCUCCGCGCCAGUGUAGACGAGGACGCCUAUUUUAACAGGACCCGUCACAGCCUCCCAGUUCACGUGUCCUACGACACACCGGUCUCCUGGAUUUUGACAUUGGCUGUGUGUGUACGCUUGACGUUUAGCACCGGCCUGGCCACGUGCGGGCUGGACGAAUUGUUCCAGCGCCUCACCGCAUGA